AUGGCGUUUCAGUACUGUGGCUCGUUGUUCAAGCUCAUAUCCCAACUUCCAAAACACCAACAAACUUCGCACUCUUCCUCUGCGUUAUUAUUCAAAACCCCACCUAUGACACCUCCCACACCUACCUAUUUCCAACAAGCCAUGUCUUCCACCACAGACGACCCCGCCGCCGCCUCGACCUCUCCAGCCCCCAAACCAAAACGUACCCCUCUCCUCCGCCUCGAGCUCCGCGACCUCUCCCAGCCCGGCACCCACUCCUUCCUCAAACACCUCUCUGCUUCCAAUGCCAUCGAAGACGCCGUGUCGGGCGUGCUAUACUGGCUCUACAAAGACCUCCCCACCCACUGCAUCCCCCCAACCCGCUCCGUGACUCUGAUCCUACGGCCAAUGGGCGGCGUGGCCUACACCACCGGCAAAGACUUCGACGAUGACCACAAGGAGAUACACUUCUCAACAGAUUACAUCAAUGGCAUCGCUGAAGGGCGGAAGAAGGAGGAAAUGCUGGGCGUGAUAAGGCACGAGAUGGUGCAUUGUUGGCAGUGGAACGCGCAGGGCUCCGCGCCGGGCGGCCUGAUUGAGGGUAUUGCGGAUUGGGUACGGUUAAAGUCGGGAUUUGUCCCGCCGCAUUGGAAGCAGGAGAGUGACGGGGAUUGGGAUGCUGGGUAUCAGCACACGGGGUAUUUUCUUGAGUAUCUAGAGAAGACCUUCGGGGAGGGGAGUGUUAGGAAGAUCAACGAUGGGCUAAGAGGGCAGAAGUACAAGGAUGGGGAGCUCUGGGAGGAGCUUUUCGGAAAGAAGGUGGAUAAGUUAUGGGCGGAUUAUGGGAGCCAUCUGGGUAAGGAAAAGGCCGAAGAAGAGGCAAAACGGGUUGAAGAAGAGGGCAAGAAGAAAGAUGAGGCCACUAGCAACUCCCAAGGCUCGGAACAGAAUCCACAGAAGAUGACGCAUCUUGGUGGCAACAUACAUUACCCAAGGAGAGGCCUCCCCUAGAUCCUCGACUCACACCGUGUUCCGUUCUCCGAUCACGAUCCGUACAAAACCAGCAACUCAUGUGCCUGGUCUUUUCUUUGGGUUUUGCGUGUCUCCAUUGGAAACAAU